GGGGCCGCCAAGCGCUUCCGGUGCCCGCCCAGCUCCUCAGGCGUUGCGCGUCCCGCCGUCGUCAAGUCGUCGUCGUUCGGCGGUCGUUGUCGCCGGGCGGGUGGGCGGCGAGGGCGCUCGUCGUCGUCGUCAGCGCUCGCCGUCGGCGAUUUGGGACCGGUCGAAAAUAUACGCAUUGCAUUCUCUCCACGCCUGAGGAGACCUCCUUUAAACUGAAGAACUUGGGGACACUGGCAUCCAGGAAGCUGUUUCUGAAAGCUAAGCUGUUCCAGAACAAAAGAUGAGCAAGAACAAAGAAGAUCCUCCCCAUGAGCUGGAAAACCAAUUUAUAUUACGUCUCCCUCCGGAAUAUGCUUCUACUGUGAGAAGGGCAGUACAGUCUGGAAGUGUCAGCCUGAAAGACAAAUUAACCAUCGAAUUACAUCCUGAUGGACGUCAUGGAAUUGUCCGUGUGGAUCGUGUCCCGUUAGCCUCCAAGCUGGUUGACCUGCCCUGCGUUAUUGGAAGCUUGAAAACCAUUGAUAAGAAAACCUUUUACAAGACUGCAGAUAUUUGCCAGAUGCUUGUGAGUACUGUGGAUGGUGAUCUUUAUCCACCUCUGGAAGAACCAGCUGCUUCCAGUGAUCCAAAAGUAAAUAAGAAGAAAGAUAAGGACAGAGAGAAGAAAUUCAUAUGGAACCAUGGCAUCACACUGCCACUGAAGAAUGUCAGAAAGAGAAGGUUCCGGAAAACAGCCAAGAAGAAGUACAUCGAAUCUCCAGAUGUGGAAAAGGAAGUCAAGAGGCUGCUGAGUACAGAUGCUGAAGCUGUCAGUACCCGAUGGGAGGUCAUUGCUGAAGAUGAAACAAAGGACACAGAUAACCAUGGUUCCCUGACCAGCCUGGACACCUCUCCAGGAAUGAGUAGCCAUAAGCAGGGCCAUAGCUCAUCAGAGCAUGAUGAGCUUCGAGAGAUAUUUAAUGACAUUAGCAGCAGCAGUGAUGAUGACGAUGAUCAAGAUCACCAUGACGAUGAAGAUAUAAACGUCAUUGACACCGAGGAAGACCUGGAGAGACCAUCACGAAACACACUUGAUGAAUCUGAUGAACAGCGCCAAGAAGAUGAGAAAGCAAGUCACCUUGUUCUAGGACUCCAGAAACAGAUUGAUGUGAUGAAGGGAAAGCACCAAGAGACUCGGGACAGAGCAAAACGCCAGGAGGACCUCAUCUUCAAAGUAGAAAAUCUGGCCCUCAAGAGCCGUCUUCAGGCUGCGCUGGAUGAGCUCAAACAGCAGGAAGAACAAGAAAAGCAGCAGCUCAGCUCCUUGCAGGAACAGCUGGAUUCACUCCUGGAGAAGUAAGGGCAGCUUGGCUGUCAGUUGCCUGUAAUCUUCACGUUGGCAAGCAUCAUGCAUGCAAACUUUGGGUGCAUCCUCUGGGCUGAGGAUAACAGGAAGGUGGACAUGGGACUGCAUUCACGUCUGUGUUUCUGUUGCCUGUUGAAUUCAUCCUGUUUCUUGUCUUUGCAUCACCACCGAUAAGUAGAAGAUGCUGGGUGCCAGGGCCUGGCUUGCAGUGAAGUCCUGUGCUUAGUGGGCUAGCCACGACAGCCUGGUCACUCAGGCCCGCCUCUGUCACUGGCUUUGACCUGUUAGCUUUCUGUUGCUCUGUGGGAUCAUCAGAGGACUCAGCCAUAUUGUCCAAUGAAAUUUGAGCCUGGAGGCUCUGCAGAUGUUUGCAUCUGUUUUUAUUCUCUCCUGCAAAAAGGAGGGCAAGUCAUGUGCAAUGUGUCAGGUGCCAGCUCGGGAAAGAGUGUGAUGAAUUUGCAGCAAUGCAUGCCUGCUGACACCACUGACCUGGUGGGUUUUAGAAAGCCUCUAACUUGGUGUCAUUGAGGCACAGCACCUAAGAAGGGCAAUAAGGAGCUGUUGUCCUUAAGUUGAACCUACAGAACAAAACCACCUCCAUCAGAGGAAAAUUGUGACUUCUGUCAUUCCCCUCAUCCCCACCUGGGUUUGUCAUAUACUUUGAUUUGAAAGUCUGCCAGUAUCUGUUGGGCUUUGUUGAAAAUUUCUCAAAUAGUGCUUUUUCAAAUGGUUUUGAAAAUCUUGUGCUGAAGAAUGGACCCUCAUUCCUUUAGUAGGGGCUGUCCCAGGAAGACAAACAGUAUUUCCUAAUGGAAGCUUUUGAGGCACAAAAACAGCAAACCUUGCAAUUAGAUUGGAGCCUCAGUAGAAAAAGGAAAGAGCUCUUCUGGUUCCUUCCUAAUGGACUAGGCAGUUCUCAAAUUAAUCAGACGAGAUUGGGGAUUUGGGAAGCAGAUAGAAAAGGGAUUUUAAAAGGCAGUUCUACUUCUGCCACUGUCUCAAAACAUCUUGAGAGUGAUUGGGCCUGAUUCUUCAACAAGUCUCAGAAAGAGGAUUUUUCAAGCUUCCCUGUGGCAGCGGGGAAGCUGGUCCUUGGAUCCCGAACAUGCAGACCGGAAUCCACCAUUACCAGAAGCUUUUGCAGCUUGGCAUAGCACCUGCCAGCACUGCAGUCAGGAACCCAGGAACUUCUCUACACCAUGAUGCGUCGUUGGAGAACAGCCUUCCUGGAUGUUCCUGGCUGAACGAAAUUCUGCUGCUUGCCCUGGGAGGAAGCAGAUUCCCCAUGGAGGCUGUCCGUCAUCCUUGUAGACCAGGCUCACCUUCCCGAGGCCAGUUCCUUGUGUGCUCUGGUGUCGCACUGUCCAGUAGCCCUACUCGCCAGUAUAGCUCUGUACUCAUAGUCCCUGCCUUGUCUUGGCCAGAAGUGGAAACCUCGUCAAAUUUAAGAAGGAAGAAGUCAUUUGUAUAUAGUGUUAUGUGUGUUGCCGUGUGUUUCUUUUUUGUCUGUAACUUUAGAUUAUAUGUAGUCCUUGUAAGCAAGGUCAGGUGUUCUUUUAGCUUCCACACAAUGCCCACUGUUCUGUAGCUGAGGUGCUAAUAAGAGACAGCACCUGAAGACUCAUGGGCUGCCUUUGCUUUUCAAAGGUCCUGGAGAGCUCCCCUGUGAAGAAUAUUCUCCAGUUUUCUGGAAUGGAGGAGUUUAUGUGCAAUACCAAGUUAGGGAGCUUAGCCUUUUGCUCCUAAGAAUAGAGCUAGAAUACUUUUGGGCCUGUUUCAGAUAUAAGACCUGACCAGUAUCUUGUUUUGGUUACUGAGAAUUGCCAUCUCUUCAAAGCCAGGAAAAAUUAGGAAGUUCUGACUAAAUCCCGUAGUAGCAUUCUCCCUCAUAUACUUUUAGGGUGUGGGCACCCUGGGAUCCUCUUUAGAGAGCUAAAAGUGUCCCUGUGGUGAUCAGAGAGCAGAGGUGCAGAGCUUCCAGUGUCUGCUGCUGCUGCCACUCAGCACAUCUCUUUGGAUCUUUAGGCCUUCACAGCAGGUUUGGAGUAGAUGGUGAGUGAUGCCAACCAAAAGCCUAGUAUUCCUAUGGAGAGGUCAUCCUAGGGAAGCUCAUUAAGGUCAAAGUGUGCUGUGACCCAGUCACUGCUUCAGUAUAUACCAUCAUCUACUUUCAGGGGUCAGGUAGGGUCAGGUCCAGUCUUCUUUAAGGGAAGAGAAAGUGUAAUGAAUGCUAAAAUCACUGAGCAGCAAGGCAAAGCCCUUUCUGGCAGAACGGAAGCCAAGGCCAUUCCACUGAGAAGUGCUCAAAGGAUAUGUACAAACAGCUUUCAAAAGAAGGAUCGUAUAUUAUCAAUAACUGCCUGAACAAAUCGUUCAGAAUCACUAAUGAUAAGAGAAAUUAAUUCUGAGGUUUUACCUCAUAUCUAUCGAAGUAGCAGAGAUGUUAAAAGAAUGAAAAAUGGUCAAUAUUGGAAGGGCUGCUAGAAGCCAAAUGCAUAUAUCACCAUUGCUGGAGGUGUACAUUGGUUCAGCCGUCCUAGAAAACAAUUUGGAACUAUGUGUGAAAAACGCUCUCAGCCAACAAUCACCCUGUGGGGUGUAUACCCCAAGGAAGUCAGUGACAAAGUCCCCAUGUAUUCCAAAAUAAUAGCAUUUCUAAUAGCAAAAAAGCAAAACAAAAGCCCUGCAAACAAAGUGGGUGCCCAGAGGUUGGGGAGUGGCCGAUCAAACUGGCAUAGGAAUGGAAUGCUGUUGCCUGAGGAAUUCAGAGAACUUCGGAAGAUUUGUAAACUGAUGAGGACCAGAAUGAUAAUACAAUUAAAAAAACAACACUAAAAGACAACUGAACUCUGAUGAAUCAAAAAGACUAAGCUCGUUCCCAAAGCACAGAUGAAACAUUCUUUUCCAUAAAGAAGCUGAGGACUACUGGUGUGGCAUGCUGUAUACACUCUCAGGUGUGGUGGUUGUGUUGGAGUUGCAUAAUUGUUCUUUUGUGUCAUUGUCACGGUGGGGGGGGGGGUGGCAUAUUGUGAAAUGACUGGUGUAAAAAUAAAAGGCAUCAAUAAAACUUAAAAGAAAAAAACUCAACCC